CUCAUCUUGCUCAUUUGCCCAAGAAGGUGAACAUUAUCAACCAACACCACUCACUUCCAGAAACGAUGAGCCAACAAAUCCAAUCUAGUGGUUGCUGUGGUACUGGUGGUGGAUCCAGUGGCUCCUGCCAUAGAAGAAGAGGCAGCGGAGGCUCUGUGUGUUGCUCUGGGUGUUGCUGCUGUAGAGGUGGAUCAAGACAUGUCAUGGUGGUAUCUGGAAGCCAAGGAUCAUCCUGUUGUGGUGGCAUCCAACAAAUCCCGAGCUCCGGCUGCUGUGGUGGAAGUUCUACUGGAGUCAUCGUAGUACCAGGCGGCCAAUCUUCUGGAUGUUGCAUUGGAGGAGGACUUGGGGGUGGGAUUUGCCAGCAGAAGACUCCCCUCAUUGGAGGUGGCAGUGGUGGAGGAAUUUGCUGUGGUGGAUCAGGGGGUCAGACCACUGUUAUAACUGGAGGUGGUAGUGGAUGCUGUGGAGGAUCAGGAGGAGUGAAGGUCAUUGGUGGUGGAAGUGGCAGUGGGUCCGGCUGGUGUGGAACUGUUGGUGGUGGAUCAGGGGGCCAGACCACUGUUGUAACCGGAAGUGGUGGUGGAUGUUGUGGAGGAUCAGGAUCAGGAGGAGUGAAGGUCAUUGGUGGUGGAAGUGGCAGUGGGUCCGGCUGGUGUGGAACUGGUGGUGGUGGAUCAGGGGGCCAGACCACUGUUGUAACCGGAAGUGGUGGUGGAUGUUGUGGAGGAUCAGGAUCAGGAGGAGUGAAGGUCAUUGGUGGUGGAAGUGGCAGUGGGUCCGGCUGGUGUGGAACUGGUGGUGGUGGAUCAGGGGGCCAGACCACUGUUGUAACCGGAAGUGGUGGUGGAUGUUGUGGAGGAUCAGGAUCAGGAGGAGUGAAGGUCAUUGGUGGUGGAAGUGGCAGUGGGUCUGGCUGGUGUGGAACUGGUGGUGGUGGAUCAGGGGGCCAGACCACUGUUGUAACUGGAAGUGGGAGUGGAUGCUGUGGAGGAUCAGGAGGAGUGAAGGUCAUUGAAAGCGGAAGUGGCAGUGUAUGUGGUGAUGAUGGGUCAGGAGGUGUGAAGGUUAUAGGUGGAGGAUCUUCUGGAACUGGAGGAAGCAUAGGGGAUGUUAAAGUCAUUGGUGGAGGGUCUGGUGGAGCAUGUGGAACAGGAGGAGGAUCAGGUGCAAAAGCUGUUGUAGUUACGGGAGGAAGCAGUGGGACAUCUGGUUGUUGCAGUGGUGGAGGAAGCUCAGGUGCGGUUGCAGUUGUAGGGACUGGUUGUAGUGGAGGUUCUGGUGGUAAAACCAUUGUUGUAUCAGGAGGAAGUGGUGGAUCUGACUGCUGCAGUGGAGGGGGAUCUGGAGGGGCAUCCGUUGUCAUUGCUGGUGGCUCUUCUCAGACAAAAUGUCCCAUUGUUGUUCCACCGUGCAUCGGGCAAACAAAACAGGUUUGCUCACUGCCACCCAACAUAAAAUAAAAUAAUAUUAUGUUCUUGGUGGGAAGAAACCUUGGUGAGCGUACCUCUUCUUCCUAUGAUGUCUUGCUCAGCCAAUGUACUUAUGGUGUACUGUAUUUCAUGUUCUUCAUCACUGUUUCACUUUUGCCUAUGUAUAUCGGAGCAUUUUAAAACUUGAGGGUUUGUGCAGCUCUGUGGUGGAUGGGAAUAAAUGGCAACACCCACUGAAUAUCUUGCUUGCUUCUCCAUUUUCACGCUUUGGAGAAAAUAAAGCUUCUUACAGAAUGAG